AUGUAUAAACGCAAUUCUGAUUCUCCGGUUCAGAAACUAACAAGAGACGUUAGAUUUGGAGGAACUACUUUCUACUCGUAUGUAGCUGCCCCUAUUGCAUUCAAGGCUCUUGAUAGGGAGAGCUUUUCUGUCUUGCAGAACAAAGUUUUCCCCAAAUUUUUCCUGAUGGAAUCGUUCUCCCCAUGGAUUUUGGCAUUGACAGCGCCCUUUAAGUUGUCUACGGCCCCCAUGGCACUCUUGACCAGUGCAUCUGUAUGUGGAUUGGCAAAUUUAUUCUGGUUAUUGCCAUGGACUCGUAGGGUUAAAGAGGAAAGGAAGUCGCUAAGUUCAAGAUUAGAUGGCGAUGAAUUAGAGCGUUACGACGCACCACUAAGAAAAGAAUUUGGUAAGUCUCAUGGACUAUCGCUACUGUUUAACAUGGGUAACGCGGUCUGUAUGCUUUCAUAUGGAGUCUAUUUAUGCCGUGGCUUGCUGAGAUACGCUCCCAAGUAG